GGCGGGCGCGCGCAGGCUCCGCGACCUAGCCUGGAGCCGCCUUCGCGGAUCGGCGUCCGCGGCGGGCGGCGGCUGAGGUGAGGGCCCGGCCGGAGGAGAGGCGUCCCGACGGGGCGGCCCCACGCUCGCACAGGAGCGCUUGGAGCACUUGGUCCCUGCGGCGCUGGAUGCCAUGAGUUGCUAAAAGUGAGCCUGUCUUUUCAGCUGUCUUGGGGCACAGUGUCGGGGGCAUAGAGCCAUGUCUGAUCUGCUCCUCCUGGGCCUGAUUGGGGGCCUGACUCUGCUGCUGCUGCUGACACUGCUGGCCUUUGCCGGGUACUCAGGGCUGCUGGCCAGGGUGGCAGUGAGUGCCGGCUCACCUCCCAUCCGCAAUGUCACUGUGGCCUACAAGUUCCACAUGGGGCCCUACAGCGAGACUGGGCGGCUUUUCACCGAGAGCUGCAGUGUCUCCCCCAAGCUCCGCUCCAUCGCCAUCUACUACGACAACCCCCACAUGGUACCCCCUGAGAAGUGCCGCUGUGCAGUGGGCAGCAUUCUGAGUGAGGGUGAGGAGUCCCCCUCCCCUGAGCUCAUCCAGCUCUACCAGAAGUUUGGCUUCAAUGUGUUUUCCUUCCCAGCACCCAGCCAUGUGGUGACAGCCACCUUCCCCUACACCUCCAGCCUGUCCAUCUGGCUGGCUACCCGCCGUGUCCAUCCUGCCCUGGAUGCCUACAUCAAGGAGCGGAAGCUGUGUGCCCACCCUCGGCUGGAGAUCUACCAGCAAGACCAGAUCUAUUUCAUGUGCCCACUGGCACGGCAGGGAGACUUCUAUGUGCCUGAGGUGAAGGAGACAGAGCGGAAAAGCCGGGGGCCUGCGGAGGCCAGUGACACCCAGAUGGAUGGCACAGGAGCUGAUACGAUGAGUGACACGAGUUCUGUGAGCCUGGAGGUGGGUCCUGGCAGCCGGGAGACUUCAGCUGCCACACUGUCCCCUGGGGUGAGCAGCCGUGGCUGGGACGACGGUGACACCCGCAGUGAGCACAGCUAUAGCGAAUCAGGCGCCAGUGGCUCAUCCUUUGAGGAGCUGGACCUGGAAGGCGAGGGACCCCUGGGGGAGCCAAGGCUGAGCCCUGAAGCUGAGCCCCUGGGGACUUCCAAGUGGCCACGGGAACCUAGUACUCCCGAGAAGGGUGAGGAGUAACCCUAGGCCCGCAUCCUCCUGGGGUGCAUUUGCUAAGGAACUGAGCAGACUCUCCAGCCCUCUUCCUCCUUCACCUCUCAGGCCCAGGCUGGGGCCAGGGGUCCCAGGGGGGACCUGAUUUCCACUGCCCCAGGCUCUCGCUAAGCCUUCUUACCGGCCUCUCGGCUCCCAGGGCUAAAGGAGCCAAGGACUGUGUUCUGCACCCAGACCCCGGGGCUCCUGCCCCUCUGACGUGUUUUUUCAGAUUCACUUUGGAGCUUCCAGGACUCAGAAUAAAGCGGAUGGUUUUCUCGUUUCCCCUGGA